AUGAUGCCUCAGAAAACCUUUGCUUUGGUGCUUGUCUCCCUCCUGUGUGCUUUUUUUACAAACUGUUCUGGAGCAAAGCUGGUGAAUAAUGGAUAUAGAGACAUUGUUAUCGCUGUUAACCCUGGUGUUUUUGAUGAAAACCUUAUUGAGAGCAUUAAGGAAAUGAUGCAUGAUGCUUCUGCCUACCUACACCUGGCUACCAAACAGCAACUUUAUUUCUCAGAAAUAAAAAUUCUGUUGCCUUAUACCUGGACAGUUAAUUCCAGCUUGUUUCAAAGAUCAACAACUCAAUCUUAUGCAAAGGCAGAUGUGAUCAUUGCUGCACCUUAUCUGAAACGUCGAGAUGCUCCGUACACCCUGCAACCUCGUGGCUGUGGCGAGAAGGGCCGCUACAUUCACUUCACCCCAAACUUCAUGCUAAACGACACCCUGGCUUCAGCUUAUGGCUCAAGAGGGCAAGCAUUCGUUCAUGAAUGGGCCCAUCUUCAAUGGGGAGUAUUUGAUGAAUAUGAUGAUUUGACGCCCUUUUAUAUAAAUAGUGAUGGUACUGCUGAUGCAACAAGUACAGAAAGCAAGUGUAGGGAGGAGUGA